CGGGAAGGAACGCAAAAAAAACUGUCAAUCAAAUUAUAAUUGUCUGUCAAUGUUAGAUAUCAACUCCAUAAUUGUAAAAUUACAUCAUUAGGACAUUAUUGUCUGAUUCGAAUCAUCUUUUUGCAUACUGCAUAACGUAAUCUUUCACCUUACUCCGAAAUGAUUCCUUAUCUUUUAUAAAAAGGUCGGCUGCGUCUCUAUUCAAAGGAUCGUCGAAAUUUAAAAGAUCCUGAAAAAGAAAACGAUAAGUUAUUUUUGAGAUACAGCAUUAAAAAUCAAUGAAACUUGUAUAACUGAAAAUUUCUGGAUUUAUAAUGUCAUGCUUUUGGACUCACAGUGAAAAGGGAAUUUAAGCCCCAUACAACAUCCUGAAGCUUACGUGUUGGUGCCCAUCCCAUUCCAUCUAUACUACUUUGUCUUAAUAUUGAAAGACAUACAUCGCCGUCUUCGCUUAUAUUAGGGUGCCACAGUUUUGUUAAGCAAUUGACUUUUGGAGGCUGUAAAGGCAGUUUGUUAGUAACUACUUUGUUGUAAGUGAUUAUGUUAUAGAUAUUAGUGAUGUGUAUUUACAGCCAUGUUAUAGUCUUCGGGUAUAUAAAUCUGGAAGUAAAAUCGACCUCCCAACCAGUACCCUUCGUCAGGAACAAUUAAAAGAGUGAACUCGUGGAGACAGUGCGGAUCAUUAAAAGUAACUUGACAUGUACUAGGUAAAGUUUGUUCCAUUUCUUGAACCUAAAUGGAUAAAAAGAAUAAAAGUGUUAACUAAGCCAUUAUAUGAUAGUCAGUCACAAUUAUUUUCAAGUGAUUAAUGUAAUUCAGAAUUCUAUGUAUUAUGUUAUACACUAUAUAUACUAUACCUCUUUUAUGAGUAAUUUGUCGCGGACAGAAAUGCGUUUGUUAUAAUCUUUAUUUUUGGAGUUCGCUAAGUCACCAUCCUUUUUUAAUUUUCCUCUAAGGGUAAUCAUGUUUUCUGCAAUUAGAUCUGUAAAUAUAUAACACAGGCAAUUGUAAAAUACUACGAACGUAAUUAAAAUUGAAUAAUAUAGCAAUUUACGUAAAUAAAAGCAAAUUUCGUCAAACAUGCAACAACAUAUAAUUCUUGUCAAAUAAUAAUUUUCGAGUACAAUAGAAGAAGAUAAACCGUUUUAUUAUGAUCGAAUAAGGAAAGUUAUUAUACGACAUUGUAAAAAUUACAGUAUUGAAUACGCUUUAUCUGUUGACAAAUAUCAUUUAUGAUGUCCAAGUACACAGUUUAAGGUUAGGUCAUCACAUAUAUGUACUCGAAAUUUUUGGAAACUGUACCUUACACGAAAAUUAAUAUUGUAGCACCGCGUAAAAUGUUACUGAAUGCGGUUUCUUCACUGAUCACGCAUUUCGUUAAGUUGUGUAUAAUAUUCUCCAACCUCCAGCCAUUUAAAAGGAAACGGUAAAUAUUUAAGUGCACCGAAAGUCUGCCUCUCUUAGUGCAGAUGGCAACACUGAUUAAAAACUGAAAGAAUAUUAUUUUGUAUUAUAAAAGCCAACGUGCUGGUUGAUUCUCGAAGAUUUAUAAGAUAAGUUCCUGUAAACAACGUAGUAGUGUAUCGACUUACAUUUGGAAUUUAUUCAAGAAAAGUAUGUCAGUGAGAAAUAUAUUCAAACGUUACACGAUCAUGAAAAUUCGAAUAACAACUUAUAAGAGAAAUCAUUGAAAAUGACUUUUAACCGUUAUUUCACAAAAAGGACAAAUAUUUUCUAUGAGUUUUUGUAAUUUUAAGAAUUACGUUUUGAUAAAAUUGCAUUUAUAAGUUUUUGUACGAACUUUAUUCUAUGAAAAUGCUAGAAAAACAUUACAACUACCAUUUUUAUGCAAAUGCAUGCCAUGUUUGUAAACAGUACGGUGAAAGAGUUUCUUUGAAAAGAUGUGGUAACUGUAAAAUGAUUGCUUAUUGCUGCAGAGAACAUCAAAGAAAACAUUGGCCGCAGCACAAAGAUUUAUGUAAUGUUAUAUGUAAUGUUUUGAAUGGUAAUCAGAUGUCUAACUUUGUAAAUAGCGAAGAGGAUGUUGAUGCAGAAGUAUGGGCUGAAAUGAAGAUGAACUUUAUGUUAUUAGUAGCACUGAAGCUUCCUAGAAGAUUAAAAUUUUAUGAGGAACAGAUGUUUAAAUUCUUUAGAUCUUGCACAGUGUGUCACAAACGAAACGCAAAAGAACUUGUGGAUUGUUUACAUUGUCCUGCGACCAGUUUCUGUGAAAAGCAUAAAAACAGUGCAACGCACCUAAGUGUCUGUAAUAAAUUAAAAUUAUGUUUCAAAUUAGAUAUGGCUUCAGUAAUGCAUGAAAAUAUAAUACCUGAAUUAAAUUUACCAUAUAACAUAAAAUGUGCAGAUAUACCAGAAUAUAUGGAGGAUUGUAUAAAACAUUAUGUAAAUAAAAGAAGAUCUUUACACUUGUUAAUGGAAGAAGAAGAAACAACGAUUGAUUCGGAAUAUCUGACAAGACCAUUGACAUUUUUUUAUGCAAUGAAGAAGUUAAAAAUUUUCUCAUGGGAAAAGAAUAUAACUAUUCAUGUAAUUGGAGCUAAUAUGGUAGAAGUUAGUUGUAUAUAUUUUUGGGAAAUUUUAUUGCAUUGGUUACCAGAGUCGACAGAAGCUAAGAUCGUAUUAAUAGGGCCUGAAUUAUGUUCAGACUCUACAUCGAUAAAUCUUUGUGGUAAUUGCCGAUUGAAUAAGAAACAACUUUCAAUUCAAAUGCACAAUGUAUUUUAUAAACAUUAUGUAAAUAGUACUUCAUACGUGAAACCAAAUUUUAUUAUUGGAUACAAUGCAGGCUUUAGUGAAUAUGAAAACUUUAAGCUUGGAAAUGAUACAUGGGCACAAUCUUUACAAACAGUUGCUGAACAGAACUGUCCACUUAUUUUAACAUCUUACACAAUGUCAGAAGCAAGGAAAGAGCAAACAAGGCUUGAGGUAGUCUUAAAUCGUAACUUAAAGUGUUCAUUUUUAGGACAGAAUCCAUAUUCUGGUCUAAGACCAUACAGAGAUUUUGAGACUGAGGGAGUAUUUUAUCAGAAUCAAUAUAUAAUUAUUUACAAAACUUUGAGAUUACAAUAGUCAUUACACAUGCUAACAACUUUCUAACAUUAUAUUUGUAACAAGUAUAAUAGUUUAUGUUUGUAAAUGGAACUAUUGUUUCUCUAGAUUUGAUACUCAAUUUUAUGUACUACAAUAUUUAUGUAAUUUUUACAGUUUAAUAAAUAAUAGAAAAAAAUAUUA